AUGUUGCAGGCUAGGGACUUGAUGGAUCAUCAAAUCUGGUGGCAGUUGAGAAUGGGUUCUUCAUUAUUCUGGUUUGAUAACUGGUCUGGUCUAGGCCCAUUAUAUUUCAUUGUGCCUCCUGAAUUUCAGUGUAAUGAAGCCAUACAGAAUGUUUCUGAUGUAGUUAUUGAUGGUAGGUGGCAUGUGCCUGCCAUCGGAAAUAAUUUUCCUGAGGAUUUGGCUGAAUACAUUCUGACUGAGGUAAAGCCACCUGCUAAACCUGGAGUGAUUGACAAGCCUUGGUGGAUGUUAGAGAAAAAUGGAGAUUUUAGUGUCAAAUAUGUCUGGGAAUAUAUAAGGAGCAGAGGUGAAAAGAAAGAGGUGUACAAGAAAAUUUGGGUCAAGGGAUUACCAUUCAAGACAGCUUUUUUGAUGUGGAGAGUAUGGAAUUUCAAAGUCCCUCUAGAUGAUGUAGCGAGGAGUUGGGGAUAUCAUAUGCCUUCCAGGGGCUCUUGUUGUGUAGAACCAAAGGAAGAGACUGUCCCUCACAUAUUCUUGAGAUGUGCAACUGCACAGGCAACAUGGAAAUAUUUUUGUGCAGCAGCUGGAAUAAAUUUUGAUGGUAUGCACUUGCAUCAGCUUUGGAAGAAAAGAAAUAGAGAUAAGCAUAGGGACAAGGUGUCAACUAGCAGAGUUAUUUAUCAGGCUUCUACUGAUGUGCAGCAAUUGGUGAGAAGUAGGAAACCUGGAAUCAAAACAGUUCCACAGAAAUGGCAUGAUAUUCUGAAGAUUUUGGAACAUUUUGUGCCAACAUUACAAGUCACCAAGGUCAUGUGGAAAUUUCCAUCUGAGGGUAUUUGGAAGUGCAACACAGAUGGAGCAACUAGAGGCAACCCUGGUACCAGUUCAUUUGCCUUUUGUGUGAGAAAUUCAUCAGGUGAUUUGAUACAUGCAGAGGCUAGGAGAAUGGGAGAAGGUACAAAUACUGAAUCUGAGGCACAGGCACUUCUGCAGGCUGCAAGAUACUGUUUGUCCACGCAUGUCUACUCCUUCAUUUUGGAAACUGAUUCUUUAUUAUUGAAGAAUAUCUUGGAUAGAGAGUGGAAACCUCCAUGGAACAUUGCAUUUGAGGUUGAGGAACUGCUAGAUAUCAUGGACCAUGCAGAGGUACAGGUUUUGCAUAUUAUGAGAGAGGGUAACCAGUUGGCUGAUCAUCUUUCUAACUAUGCCCUUGAUCAUGGGGAGGUGGAUAUUAACUCAUUUGCAGAACUAGAUUCAAAGGGAAGAAAUAUUAUUAAUAGUGACAAACUGCAGUGUCCCUAUUUAAGAAUCAGAACAAAAAAGAGAUAUUGA